UUUUGUUUCUCGUAUAAAUAUGUGUUAUGUAAAUGGUACAUGUACUAACAAUAACCAUCAAAAGACGGAUAGAAAAAUGUCACACUAUCUAUUCUUGUUGUUUAAAUUUCUAUUAAAAUCACUAAGUUACCCACGGGGUUAUCAAAGGAAGAACAGGAGCCUAAAGUAUUUGAAAUAUGAAACCAUGGCCGAGAAGCACACAUCAGAAGAACUACUAAAAACAACUCUUGUGUUUGAUGUGGAAGGAGUGGUAUUAAGGUCAACUUCACUCUUUCCUUACUUCAUGCUUGUGGCUUUUGAAGGUGGUGGUGUCUUGAGAGGGUUAGUGUUGUUCUUAUUUUACCCUUUGGUUUGUUUGCUUAGCAAGGAUAUAGGGUUAAAGAUUAUGGUGUUUAUAUGCUUCUUUGGGAUAAAAAAGGACAAGUUUUCGAUUGGAAGAACCGUUUUGCCAAAAUUCUUUUUGGAGGAUUCAUGGUUUGAAGGGUUUCAGGAAGUGAUGAGGUGUGGGAGAAAGGUGGGCUUGAGUGAAUUGCCUAUGGUUAUGAUUGAAGUAUUUUUGAAGGAUUAUUUGAGUGUUGAUCUUGUUCUCGGGAGAGAUUUAAAAGUAGUUUGUGGGUAUUUUGUGGGAUUGACGAAGGAGGUGCCAUCAACAAGAUCACAUUUAUUGAUAAACGAUGUGUUUGGAGUGAGAAAAGGUGAUAGUAAUCUCAUUGGUUUAGGGUGCUCCAACAAAAUUCUCGAUCGUCAUAUUUUCUCUCAUUGCAAGGACAUCUACAUUGUAUCUGACGCAGAUAAGAGGAGAUGGAGAGCUCUCCCAAGAGACAAGUACCCAAAACCAUUGAUUUUUCAUGAUGGUAGGAUCACACUCAUGCCAACAUAUCUCACAACAUUAGCAAUAAUCAUGUGGGUUCCAUUUGGAUUCUUGUUCACUAUUUUGAGGAUCAUAAUUGGGAUAUCUUUUCCAUACACUAUGUCUAUCCCUAUCUUGUCAUACACAGGGAUGAGAGGGAGAUUAUAUAUCAUUUCAAACCAUACAACCAAGUUUGACAAAACUAGGAAAGAUACAAGCAAGAACAAAGGUAAGAAAAAAGGUACAUUAUAUGUUUGCAAUCAUAAAACAUUACUUGAUCCAAUCUAUAUAUCAAUGGCAAUAAUGAAGCCUGUAACAACCGUUACAUAUAGCUUGAGCCGAUUAUCAGAAUUCUUGGCACCAUUAAAGACUUAUCAUUUGAGUAGGAACAAAGAAAAAGACUCAAAGAUGAUGGAGAUGUUACUUAACCAAGGUGACCUUGUGGUUUGCCCUGAAGGGACUACUUGUAGGGAACCUUAUGUACUUCGAUUUAGCCCUUUGUUUUCUGAAAAGAGUAAUGAAAUCGUCCCUGUUGCUUUAGAUUCUAAAGUCAGUAUGUUUUAUGGGACAACUGCAAGUGGUUUCAAAUUUUUGGACCCUUUGUUCUUUCUUCUAAAUCCAAUUGGGAUUUACCAUGUCAUGAUUCUUGAGAAGUGGACAAGUGAAAAUACUUGUGGGAAAUCAAGUAUUGAUAUUGCUAAUCAGGUUCAGAGACAGAUUGCAGAAACAUUAGGGUUUCAAUGUACGAAUCUCACGAGAAAAGAUAAGUACAUGGUCUUGGCGGGAAAUGAUGGUAUUAUUUAGAAUAUAUCAUCUUUAUUUGAUGUAAAAUAUAUAAUACACAAAUGAAGUAUGUUUUACAUAAUUGUAACUAGAUAUCUAUAAAUGUGUGAUUUUUUUAUUGAUAUUUAGAUUAUAAUUAAU